UUGCCAAAAUAGAAAGCCGAAGUGCCUUCUUCUUCUCUUUCUCUCUCUAGAAUCAAGCUUCUUUCUCUCUCUAGAAACCCUAAUGGCGGCGACCUCCUCCUCGAGAACCAGAUCCAGUGCCCCAGUUCUCCCCGUCUCCAACGCUUUCAAGAGAUCCAUCUCCCCGUCUGGCCGUUUCUCCACCGUCGGCAGCCGUGCUUCUCCGUCCUACGCCUUCGCUUCAUCCUCCGCUUCCUUCUCAUCCCAAUCCGCUUCCUUCUUACACCGAUCAUCCUCUCCGACGAGGGUCAACCUCGUUGGAUCGUCUCCGAUGGCCCCAUCCGUCCGAUUCGCCACAUCCCCCACCCGCCGUCAUCUCGCCGUUGACCAUCAGGUGGUGAAGAAGCCGAUCUCGUCUUCCGGUGGUCACCGCCGCACCUGUAUGUGUUCCCCGACGAACCAUCCUGGCUCCUUCCGUUGCAGUCUCCACAAGGGUUUCCAGAUCAACCACCACUCCGCCGUCUCCUCCCCAUCCAACCGACUCAACGCACGGCGAUCGGCGAUGACCAACUCUCUCGUCCGGAUCGGCACCGUUGAAGGCGAGUGGGUGAAGCGCUCCCUCUCCGCCCUCAUCCGCCCUUCUUCUCACCAGCAACGCCGCCGCCUGUCCUUCCAGCCCCGGCCCAGCCGCCUUUCCAUCAUGUCCACCGCCGAUGAGUUAUGAUCCCGAGGCGUUUUGAUCUCAGAGCACAGAUCUCGAUGCAGGUUUGUUAAACAAACAGUAGUUUAUAGAUACACACCCUCAUCAUCCCUCCCUCUUCCUUUCCGAUUUGCUUGGCUCCCUUUUCAUCGUGGGCGAAAGAAUCCAGAUCUCGAGGAGAUGAUCCGACUAUCAUGACCCUGAGAACGAUGAAGCUAUUUUUUGAAAUUUUAUUUUGUACGGAGGUCCGGAUGGAAUGUCAACCGUCCGAUUGUACAUAAUAUGAGUUUGCAGCCGUUGAUGAUGGACUAUUGAUGA